AUGGCGACCAUUGAAGAUAGACCAUUUUCCAAGAACUACAGUGGUCUCAUCAACCAGUCGGUAAUUGCCAUUGGUCUUGGGGCGAUAUGCACCACGGCCUAUGAGCUUAUGAAGAGGAGAAGGCGAGGGAGGCGGGUGGUCAAAGGAUUGGAUAGUGUUGAAACUUGGGAGUUUGGAUAUCUAUACCAGGGACGGUCAUGGGCAAAGCGACCGUCUCCUCCGCAUCCUCAAGGCUGGCCUCUCUCAUGGGUUAAGGAAGUCAUCGACUUCCCUGAAUCAGGGAUGAACAAAUUGAGAGGAGUCGACGCCACGCUUUAUGUUCGGUUCCUUCGCGGCUGCGCUUGGUUCACAUUUCUGCAUACUUUCACUACUGUCCCAAUUCUGCUACCCAUCCAUGUCCACUUCUCCGACGAAACGGUUUCUCCUCGGUCCAUGACCCGUGCUUCGAUCUCUUCACUUGUUCUCACACAAGACGGUAGCAACCUUCUUUGGAUACAUCUGAUUCUUCUCUACUACAUCACUCUGACAUGGAUGGCUACUUUACUCUGGAUAUGCCGUGGAGCUUUCGCUUUUCGACAUGCCAAUAUUCAAGACACUGCGGAUCGACUCGCCUCUGCCGCACAGGAUGAACACAGUGCGCGUUUCAACCCCCAUCCCCAUCCUCAGUAUCCGUUUCUAUCACUCGCACCAGCAGCAGCAGAUGCUGGAUUUGAUCGGGGUCUGCGGCUUCGAAGUGUCAUGGUCACGAACGUCCCUCGCUCUCUACGCUCUGAAAAAGAACUUGCGGAGUAUUUCCAAUACUAUCUCUCGCGGCCCAUCGACGUGCCAUAUAUCGGACCCCCAUCUGCUGCUCAACCGGGCUUUCUCAGCACAUCAAUGGCGUUCUUGUUCAAUAAGGUCAAGCGCAUACCAGAACUCAUCCCUCAUCGUAACGAAGGACAAUCAGAUAAUGGAAGUAACCCGUGUAUGGAUGGGCGACAGGUUCCAGUUAUUGAUCGCGUUAUUAUUGCACGGAAGAUGACAGAAUUGCAAUCCUUGCUCGAAAGACGGGAAGAUUUUCUUAGGCGGCUCGAAGUCGCUCACAUACAAUUGGCAAAGAGGGUCUUGUUUACGGUCAAGGAGAUCGUGGAUGAGCGUGAAAAUGGGAGGCCGUUAAUCAAGCGACUAACGUCUCGGAUGUCCUUGCAUCGGCUGUCACAUCCUCACGAUAAGCCUGGCGCGAAUACAGUACCAACGAUGACACACGACAAUCAAGGCGAAGGCGAAGGCGAAGACGAAGAUUAUACAGACCUCCUGCUCCGUGAACUCACACCUUUUGUUGACGAGUUUGGGCUUCGAACCCGUUUCGUUACUCGGAGCAAUGUACCUCAACCUUUCGCAAAGCGUGUCUUGGGUUUUGUCCGGGACCUCUUUCAUCCCCCUCGAAUUCCAGACGAGAAGUAUAGGCAUAUAUCAGACACGAACGGUCGGACUAUCUGGGACGUUCUCCACAGCCUUCCUCGUCGUGCUCUUGAUCCAUACCAACCCCUGAUCCGACUGCGCACACUCUUUCACAACACCACCGUGGCAUCUAUCGACUAUUACAAUGCGAAAUACGCUUUACUAACGAAUCUCAUCACGGAGCACAGGGCGAAGGCCGUUGCUGAUUAUGAUCCCGUAUCCACUGCGUUUGUUACAUUUGCAGACCCAAGAGAUGCCAGACGCGCCUGCAGGUACCUUGCUGUGAACCCAGAUAAUCCCCUCGCUUGCUUUGUCACAAUGGCUCCUGGAUACGAAGAUUUGGAUUGGACAAGAGUGAUGAAAGCGUCUUAUCGCGUGGAGUUUGUCAAAGAUUGGGUAGUCGAUAUUGGAGUUUGGGCUUUUACCCUCUUUUGGGUAUUCCCCGUCACAUUCUUUGUUGGUUUGGUCUCGAUUCAGAAUAUCAGCGCUUUCUGGCCAGGGCUCAAUCAUUACUUGGACCAUCACCCAUGGGAGGAGGAAUUAAUCCAAUCUCUACUACCCACUGUCCUUGUCGCCCUUCUGAGUAUUCUCAUUCCCUUGAUCUUGCUACUCAUUGGAAAGAAGGCACACACUCUCAUCACGCUCUCUGAGCUACACGAUCGGAUUAUGGCACGAUAUUACAAGUUUCUCAUCGUCAAUGUCCUGGUUUUCUUCUGCGUCGGGACCGCUACAUUGCAAUCUUUCCUUGUCUCGUUUGCUUCCAAGGCGAACCACCAAAAUGUCUUGGAAAUCAUAUCCAGCAGUUUCCCUUCUGCAGGACCAUUCUAUGUUGGAUGGAUGAUUUUCACGACGGGGAUGCAUGGAGGUAUCGAACUGCCCCUUGAAUAUCAGCUCCCUCUUUUCAUGUAUCCCUCGACAAAACGACAAGCCACGCCUCGCAAACGCUCUGUUGGCAUCCGGCCUCGUACUUUCAAUUACUACUAUUGGCUUCCUAAUCAUAUGCUUGUAGUGCAUGUCCUCCUGCUUUUCACAGUUCUCAACCCUUUGGUUGUGCCCUUUGGGUUUGUAUAUUUCAUGGUCCAGAGCACGGUCAUCAAGAACCAAUUAUUGCAUGUGUACGCCAAGAAUUAUGAAGGAAAUGGCCAGCAUCUCUUGAUCCGAAUGAUACGAUAUUCCUUGGACGGCCUUGUUGUUUCGCAGGCUGUCUUCCUUGCAUACAUGGCCGUUUUGAAGAAGCGAGCGAACGUUGGUUUAUCAGCAGUUCUUAUUAUCCUCACAGUUUUGAUGAAGUUACUAUUAACCCAUGCUUGUCGUGCGAAAUUCGAGCGCGAUGACAUGUGGGAAGCAAGCAUCGUUUGUGGCACCGAAGAGGAGCUUGUCGAUGACAAUUUUGCUGGUGAUAGAGAUUCCAUUUCUAAUCACAGAGAAGAUGCAGGGAACCGCGCGCAACCCCAAAACAGCUUUUCACAAUCGUGGAAACAUUGGAAGACGUGGCGACUUCGUACCGAGGUCGUCUUUUCUUACGCAACCUACUCUGGCCAAGGACGCCGCGACGCGAGACGACAGCCAAACCCUUUCGCCACCUCCCAAUCGUCUUUUGCACGGCUCCAGUCUAUUGAUGGUCUUCGUUCCAAGGCAGAUUCAUUGCCCACUUCCGAAUCUGUUCAUCAAGAACAGAGCGAAGGGGAGAAUGCAGCACCAUCACCGCCAAGUUCAUCUAAGACACCAGUGCAUCUCGUGGAAGCUACGGCAACGGUUCUCGUAACUCCCCACCCUCCCCACCCCGCCUGGGACGACGAAUCAGACCCUUGCCAUCCGUACGAGAACCCGUACUACAAACAGCCGAUCAGCAACACCCUCUGGCUACCCCGUAAUCCUUGCGACAUUCUCAACCUUGACGAGACAGUCGACGUCCAAAGGUCAUUGACAACGACCACUACCACAGGCCAACUGGGCUCGUUAUUCACGUCAGGAGUGCCUCAUCAGCAGACACCCUCUAUUGCCUCCCCACCUCCACUUGACAGAGCACGCAGUUCUUCGAUGUCAACGGCGCGGUGUUUCAAUGGAAGCGAGGUGGUCUCAUUACCUCCAAGAAUUGCGUCUCGGAUCAAUGCUCCAGACCGAGAUGAGAAUAUAGAAGAUGCGCAAGAACGUCGGCCAACUCUUCUGGGCGGGCGCAGACGGAGUAGUGAGCGGAGCACCGUCGGAACGGUACGGUCUAGCGCUAGCCUUCAUCGACCUCAUACGUUCGAUGUAGGGCCAUCUAUCAUGUCCAGGAUUCGUACCACGUCCGGCAUCUCCGGUAUGCGACCUCAGUUCAGUGCUCCAUCAUCGUUCCGAUCAGCAAUUGGUCGGAGGAUGCGAGGGCGCUCUAGGUCGUUGACUCAAGAACUAGGACUUCGGGAAGACCCAGGACCUCAUCCCGACCGACGUAUUCAGGGGGAGCUCUUUCCUACUGUAUCACAGAUAUUGGCAAAUCCCUCUCUGGCCAGUAUUCCUACAUAUCGCGAGCGCGAGCCGACGGCGGUGACAAUGCAGGAGGCCGUCGAAGAGGAGGCUCUUGUUGAAGAGCGGGUAGCAUUGGAGGAACGGUUACGAAGGGAGGCUGAGGAAGCUCUGCAGGGCGCUAGGGCACAUAGAUCGUGGUUCACGAGAUGGCUGUUCGCCAGAGCGGAGUAA